AUGUCACAGACUAAUGGCCUGACAAAACUGGCCUACUCCCGUACCUGGCACCACGUCUCAGCAUCCACCCCCCAUCACGCUCUCAGCACCAUCCGACCCAUCCCCGCUACCAAUUCCACCGAAGUCACACCCCCACCCCUCGGGCGUCUCGCGUCCCGAAUCGCAAUCCUCCUGAUGGGAAAACACAAACCUAUCUGGGACCCAUCCACAGACUGCGGUGACUACGUCGUGGUAACAAACUGCAACGCCCUCCACACCACCGGCAAAAAGCGCUGGCAGAAAUUAUACUAUCGCCAUAACACGCGACCUGGCAGCUUGAAACAAAUCAGUAUGGACGGGUUAAUGGCGAAGCUAGGUGGUGCUGAGGUGCUGAGGAAGGCUGUCAGCGGGAUGCUACCGAAGAAUAGACUGAGGGAUGAUAGACUUGCGAGACUGAAGGCUUUUGAGGGGGAGGCGCAUCCGUAUAAGAAGAAUAUUGUGAGCUUUAACGGCAAGAAGAUGAUUGCCGAGUGGCCGCAGCAGGAGAAGGCGACGAAGGCUGUCGGGAAGCAGGAGGUUGGAUUAUAG